AUCACAAGAAUGAGGCAAUCGGACUAACAGAAACACCUGUAUAAACUACGAGUGACGGCUACACGAAGAAUUGUUCAACCGGAGUAAAUGAGCGGGAGCGGUACGAGUAAAGAAGGGCCCGCCGUCGAAUCCGUAGAGCUGCGGGCAAAAGUGGGUAGCGCCGCCUGACGGACCGCCCGAUAAACCGGCUGCCGCUGUCAGGAAACCGCGGUGCCUAGAAACAGGCACAAGGCCGCACACACACAGACACCCUGUCAUGAUGGCGGAGCUGGGGCAGGAGGAGGCAGAGGACAUGGUUGUGGAGCACCAGUACAUGUGCAGUGAGUGCCAACAGCUCUUCAACACCCUCGAGGAGGUGCUGGUCCACCAGCAGAUUCAUACGGGCCAAGAUGUGGAGGGUGAGGCUGUCCCAGAGAUUGGACACAGUCAGCAGUACCAGUGCUUGGAGUGCGGGAGCCUCCUUGUAAACGCAGAGGAGCUGCUGCUGCAUCAGGAGAUGCACAUGAGAGAGGCUGGGAUGGAGAUGGAGCAACAAGAGUUGUGUGAGGUUGUGGAGAUGGAAGGAGCCAACUCAGAGGCUCAGGGUUCAGGACCUGUUCAUUACCAGUGUCUUGACUGUCUGGCUCUGUUUGACUCAUCUGAGACCUGGCUGGAGCACCGGCGAACCCACAGCAGGAGCAGCACACAUAGUAACGCACAGGAGACACAGGAGUAUGUGGUACAGCCGGACGGCUCGGUGACUCCUCUGAACAGCGUGCAGAACUUUGUGCUGAGUGAGCAGCAGGCUGGAGAAAUCUUGGCACAGGUUCUUGCACACCAGAAGCAGCAACAACAACCGAAGAAACGUUUGUCUGUCUCUAAAUCCCCCCGCUCCUACCUGCUGCCCCCAGUCACUCCGGCUCCAGGCUCUGCCACCAUGCACCUGCAGAUCCUCACAGCUCAGGCUCUGGCUGACAGCUCCACCUCUCUAAGUCCGCAUCGCUACAAGCAGCCACCUCUGCUGUUUGUAGGCCAGAGCUCUCUAACAAAGCCUGUGCUUCUGGAAAAUGGAGCUCAGAGAAUCGAGUUGAGGCUGGCCCCUGCUGUGCACACUGACCACCAGCAGCAGCAAACAGAAUUGGUAGUCGUCCACCCUUACGAAUGCUCAGAAUGCUCCCUUCUCUUCCACACCCCUGAGGACUUCCUCCGGCACCAAGGAGAGCACUUCCUGGGCCAGGAUAAAGAGAGUGGAGGGCGGGGGGUCAUGACUGGCCUUGAGGAGAUGCGAGGAAGGGAAGAGCUUGCAGAAAAAGUCGAGAACAUGAGGAGCAGGGGAAUGGAGAAAAAAGCGGUGGUACUGGCCAAAACCCUGCAGUGUGAGCUCUGCAGCCGCACCUUCACCUCAGUCAACCGGCUGACUGCUCACCAGCGUGUGCACGAGGAGGGCACGCACAAAUGCACUGACUGCGGCAAGUUGUUCAAGAAGGCCACGUCACUGCAGACGCACAUGCGCACACACUCCGGUGUCGCACGCUAUCUGUGUGUGGACUGUGGUGGUGGCUUCACCACUGAGAUGACCCUCAUCAUGCACAGGAAGUCACAUGUUGCAGAUCCUUUCCAUAAGUGUCAGUUCUGCAACAAAACCUUCACCAACAUGACCAAGUACCUCUACCACCGUCGCACUCACCUCAACCACGAUACAUCUGACACAGCCACUCCUGUUUUCGUGGCUUCACCUCCAAGAAGAGCAUCUGCCACAUCUCUUGCCAUCCUGCAGAGAGCAAGAGAGAUGAAAAUCUCCCACCUGCUGUCUCUUUCGGAGAAAGAGAUGGUAACAUUGGAGAAUCCAAAUGAAAUUGCCUCUAACCAAAUGGACACAAGUAAGAUGAAGCUGGAGGAUGGUGAAAUGCAGGUGUCUGAGCCAGCCCAAGGAAGCGCUGAAGAAAACAAACAGGUGGAAACUAAAGAUGCCUUUAUUUCAAAUUCUGUUUCUUUGGAUGACAGCAGAGUUAUGACGAGCUCUGCUGUCACAGGAGAAGCUGCUUCGACCAUCUGCUGCUGGCACAUCAUCGGCGCCAGUCUCACACCCUUCAGCGCAGGUUUAUGUGCGGAAUUUGCGGCAAGUCUUUUAAGAAGCAGAUCCAUGUGCAAAACCACAUACGAAUACAUACUGGUGAGAAGCCCUUCCAGUGUUCUGACUGUGGGAAGACCUUCUCACUACUGGCCAAUCUGA